AGUAGCUAGCGACACGCGAGAGAAGGAGGAUACAUAUACAUAUAUACGUAUAUAUGGCGUUCAUAGAACGUGGUGUGGCGAGCGAUGGGAAGAGAGUGAUGACUCUGGAGGAGUUCAAGCGGUGGCUCAAGAGAUUUGAUUCUAACGGCGACGGAAGAAUCAGCCAUUCUGAAGUGAAAGAAGCCGUGAGGCUCAGCGGUGGGCUUAUUGCUUCCUGGAAGAGCAAAAGAGGCAUCAAAUCUGCAGAUUCUAAUCACAACGGCUUCAUCGAUGACAGCGAAUUCAGAAAUCUUGCCCACUUUGCUGACAAGUACUUGAACAUCAGGAUCACUAAGUUCUGAGUUAUUUUUUUUCAAUUUCUAAUUCUUCGGGUCAUCUGCCCCAUUUCGGUCCUUCUCUGAUGAGCAGCUUCAUGCACAGAAACUGAUUACGCAAGUUAAAAGCUUUCUAUUUUUGUGGGUCAAACAUGUCCAAGCGUACGUUUCAUCACUGUUCAAUCUUAAUUACUAUCUCUUAUCCUUAAUAUAAGAGUUAAUUUGACUUUUAAUUUGGU